AUCGUUGUCUUCAUCUGCAGAUCUAUGACGGAGCGGCGCUUUUCCUCCCGUUUCGUUAUUUUUGCGAUCGUGAUGCGGAUUGGGAGGACUCGGGAGGAGUACCUGAAUGCGUGACAGCCCGCCACUCCACUUCAUCCUACCUGCCCCAUCCAGCAGAAGGACCGGACCCCCCACCUCCACCCCCUUAGCAACACCUGCCCACCAGGGAACCCACCGCGCCUACGCCGCAAGGGGAGACGUCUGGAAGGGUGGACUACUGAAGGACCCCCGAGGCGCCUUUGCCCUUCUUCUUCUUUACAUGUGACCGUUACCACGGACUCCACACCUGCCGAGCCCACCACAUAUCUGGCGUAUUUUUUUUGUUUGUUUGUUUGUUUGUUUUUUGUUAAGGGGCUUUGGAAACUAACGCAGCAUUCGAAUGAUGGAAAUGUUUUUGGACCCCGUUUUCAAUACCGGAUUAGACGACUGGGAUCAAGGAAUGGAACCAUUAAAUCUGGAAAGCUGAUGGUGCUGCCGGGAUCACCUAAAAGAACGUCAACGCCGCUCCGGAUCGACGAGAAGUGAUGGGAUGGAACAUAAAGCGGGGGGCGGACCUUGGCGGGGGACCAGAUUCUCCUGCUGCUUAAUAUUUACUACAGCCUGCUAACUGGACUCGCGUCAACAUACGUUCGUUGACCAUUAAAAAGCAGAGCCGUGAACGGCAAGGAAAACGUCUUUAUGCUUUUCGGUUCUUUGUAAAGGAUGACCGACUCGACGGAUGCGGACGAACUGGCCAACGCAUCGGCGAGGGGUGACCUGAGAGUGGUGCAAAUGUUACUGCAAAGUGGGGUAAACGUUAAUCAGAGGAAUACGUACGGCAGGACCCCCCUGCAGGUGAUGAAACUCGGUUACCCAGCCAUAGCGGUGGAGCUGCUGAGGGCUAACGCCAAUCCCAAUGAACAGGACAUAAGCUUGGGGGUCACCAUCGCCCAUGACGCUGCCCGCGAAGGCUUCCUGGAAACCCUGAUGGUUCUCACCGAGAACGGAGCUGACGUCAACCUGCAGGAUCACCGGGGGAACUUGCCGCUUCAUUUGGCAGCCAGAGAGGGCCACCUGGACAUCGUGAGACACUUGAUAGAUCUGACAAUUGACCCCCUCGUCAGAAACAAGGAGGGGCACACUGCGUCUGACCUUGCAGAGAUGCACGACAGGCACCUUGUGGCACAGUGGCUUGGGACCCGACUGCAACGGUAGAGGCAAAGCUGUGCCAUUUUUACCAGUGUGCACUGCUGGCAACAUCCUGUCCUCGUCCUCAUGUGGGUCACCUCAGUGACCCUGUUGGUUCUGCUUUCUCUUUGUUUGUCAGCACCGCCUGCCCCCACACUGAGAGCCACAAUGUGGGAAAUUUUCAGUAUUUUCAUCUUUUCACAAAGUCCACUUUGACUUUCGUUUUUAUGUGACAUGAAUGUUGGCGACUGUAGGUGGGAGCCGUAUUCCUAAUUUUAUAACAGCCCUCCCUCCAUGUCAUUGUGACACGUCACAUGGAGAGUGACGUGCGGGUCCAGUGUGGGGCUCGUUUAAAACAUUUAGUGCCACCGAAAGCCAGGCGUACCCAGAACAGUCCUUCUGCUCCUCAUGGCCGAUGACAAAUGCUAACAGAGCACCCCCUGCUGGUGGAGUGAUUCCAAUUUUCAAUUCAAUGUAAAUACCCAGAGUCCAGAAAUUAAUAUACUGUGCCUAAGAAAAAUAAAGGCAUUAAAUAAUGUAAAUAGGGAGACAUGCAAUAGA